AUGCUGGAUCAUAUUGCCAUCAUCGACAGAUGCGAGACCGCGACCCAGAAUCGUGAUCAGGCCCGUGAUGUUCACAAGGCUCUUGUAUCUGUCUACAAAGACCUUGCCGGAUUCUACCUUAGUGUUAUCCGCAUACUGAGCAAUGAAUCAGUCCAGUGUGCAAUCGGUUUGACCAUCGAGUCAUUCAAGCAGGAGAUCCCAGCGGGUAUUGCAGCUUUCGUGAAAGACACCUCGAUGCUACAAAACUGCAUUCAAGUGGCGGUACUCGGCGUCGUUGGGAAGUUGGAAGAUGCGGUGGUAGCAAGUGAAGUACGAAUGAUUCUGGGAAUUAAUAAUGACAGGCGACGAUGCAAUGAUCACGCUACAUUCCAGGCAGAGCGGGCAGACGCUGCUUGUCAGUGGAUCACGAAUGAUCUCACUUUCACUGGCUGGUUAGAUGCCGUUCCGCCAGCGUCCCCUGUUCUUGCCAUCUAUGGCGACACGGGCUGCGGGAAGAGUUACUUGACAUCGUUUUUGAUCGACUUUCUGCACGAGAAAUUAUGGGGGUUCCCAAAGACCGCGGUUUACUUCCACUACUGCAAAUCCGAGAAGGACGCCGGCACGGCGUCAGGGAUUCUAUCUGGCCUGCUCUACCAACUUCUCCAGCAGCACGUAUCUUUGAACCACCUCUUCAAGGCCUGGUACGAAAAGCAGUCCGGGGUGGUACUUUCGGUACAAGCCAUGGCCGAGUUCUUCAAAGAAAGGGUCAGAUCACUCAAGCGACGAUCCUUCAUUGUCAUUGAUGGCUUGGAUGAGUGUGAUAACGCAACAAAGGGCGACCUUGUGAAGAUACUCACUUCAAUAUGCGAAGAGACGCGAUGCUGUCGAGUCAUCGUUGUGGCUCGACCACAGGAACGACUCAAGCGGCUUCUCUGCAACGCUGCACAAGUCAAUAUCAAGCCAUCAGAAGACCGAGACCGCAUCAUCGUCGAGCACGCUGUCCGUUCACUCUCUCUGCAAGACAAAGCACGGCAGGAACUUGUUGAUGGGCUCUCCAAGGCGGCCGUCGGGAACGUCAUUUGGGUCAAAAUGAUGGUCAAGCUUGUUGAGACGCGAAACCUGACUGCCCCUGGGCCGAUCAGAAAGUUGCUACGUGCUAUUUCUUGUCCCCAAGAACUCUUGCAAGUGUACAGCGAGAUCUUCCAAGACGCUGAGAAAGGGGAUAGUGACAAUGAAGCCGUCAUCACCACGGCCCUGGAAAUCCUGGCGGUUGCUCGACGACCACUGAAGCUAUCCGAGCUCGACUUUGCCGUUGCCCUUGAUGCUGCCAAUCGGUCAGGGCCUUCACCUAGCAUCACCUCCAUAGAUGCGCUUGAAGAGUACACAGACCAAAACCGGGUCCUUGCUCUGAUUCGCCCGUUUGUCACGACAAGCAGUGUUUCUGAUGGUGGAGAUGUCGAAGUGAGACUGGUUCAUGCCUCUCUGCGCGAGGCUGUACUUCAGUAUCCACCAUCCAGCUGGGGCAGUGAUCGUCUUUCGCGAGAUGACGGCCGAGAGGCGGUUCUGGAGAGGCGGCUUCUCGCCUUGUGUGCUCAGUACCUUCUCUUCGACGAGUUUAAUGAGCUUGAUCUGUUUUCAUCGGAACAGCAAGAUGUAGACGGCCUCAAUUAUGCCCUCCCAGGGUCUGAUGUUUAUGAGGAGGGGCCCGAAGACGGUCUUGAGGGCGACGACGCAGCAGCCACUGAAACCGCCUCGGCAGACCGAUCGUUUGACCCCAGGGAUCAAGGUUUUGGAGGUUUCUUCGUUUAUGCAUCUUGCUACUGGCUUGAUCAUCUCAAGUUUUAUCGACCGACAACGGAAUCAAACCUCAGCGCGGAAGCUUUGGUAACAUUGGCAAGAGCUAACUCCAAGAGGAUGCAAAACUGGGUGGAACAAUACUGCCGACCAGAGUGCACAGUGAAGAAACGGUUCAAUUACUUCGCCGAAUCGGUCGACCCUCUCGUUCUCAUUGCAACAUUUGGUUCGGAGGAGCUGCUACGCUGGCUGCUAUCCCACUACGAUCCCCUGGACGAUGCAGCAUUCUUGCCGAAGUCCGUCCAGUACACAGUCAACUCAAUAUUCCAAGAUGGAUAUGAUCUUGGUGCUGUAGAAGUGCUGUUCCACGAUCCACACACUGGGCCCGAGUUACAAACCUUCGAUUUCUUCUACAACCUCAUCGGUUCCUGGUCAAAGGCCCGCUUCGUCAAGGAUAGAAGGAUGGCGAGCUUUGACAAAUUGUUCGACCUGAUCAAAUUUGUCUCCGACACGUUAGAAACUGACAACUGGGCAAACGAGUUGCUUUGCAUUGCGGCUGCUCAUGGGUGCUCGCCGAUGGUGGAGCGUCUCUUCCAGAUGGCCGACCCCAGACCAUCUCUGAGAGAUCAGUUACUCGAGGCUCGGGACAGGGGUACACGCCCGUUCAGACACCAGUCAAUUGGGGACGCUGUCUGGGGCGGACAGCCUCGCAUGGUCGAGUGGCUUCUGAAACAGCCGGGUAUCGACGCCCACCUGCGACAUGUUGACAAGGACGGCUGGAAUGUUUUCCACAUGAGUACACAGAAAGCGCAACCCGAGAUCUUGGAGUUAUUGAUCCCUCGCUUCAAGGAAGGAGUCCACCAGCAUGACAAGAACGGGGAGACACCACUCACCCUUCUCAUUUUCGGCAACAGGCAUCUGCGAGAGCAAGUUCUCAAGUGCGCAAAGCUUAUUAUUGAGUUAGGAGAGGUGAAUCUGCAGGAUGAAGGCUUAAGCACAAGUACCGGCCAAAGCGCCCUGAGUGAGGCCGUCAGGGCCAAGGAUUUACCCAUGGUCAAGCUCUUGGUUCAGCUUGGUAAGGCCAAUCCCAAUACUGCUCUUGUCUGGAGUGAAACCGGACAGCCAUCCUUGAGAGACCAUUGGGCAUACCAAACUCAGGAUAGCUCUUCAAGCACUGAAGAGGGCGAGAUGAUCAGAUUGCUUGUCAGCCUCGCGAAAGAUAGCUUGCCGGCACUCUGA